AUGGUAUCAUCUAUUAUAUCGGCGCCUUUCGUGCCACUACUCUAUAUACGCCGCGAGUUUCGUCAGGACCGAGACUGGUCAUAUCGUCAAGCAUUAACAGGUGCCUUGAUGAAAGCCUGUUUAAGUGUAUACGUAGCUUUGCGCUUGAAGCCAAAGUCAUCGCUGUCGCUCAAACCAUGCUGGGAAGGAGACCUCUUCGUUACAAUAGAACCUGCCCCGACAGAUCUAUACACAGGCAUCACAGUGCACGACAAAAUCCAUCCAGAAACCAUAGCUGGCACCUGGUUCCCAUCGCUUUACCAAUACAACACAACAACCAACCAAGACAAGCACGUCAUCCUUCACUUCCACGGCGGAUCCUACAUCAUCGGCGAUGGCCGCACAUCGUCCUCCAAACACCUCGCGAACAGCCUCCUAGAAAACACCCCGACAAGCCACAUCUUUAGUCUCCAAUACCGUCUCGCCAGAAACCGCGCCACUCGCUUCCCAGCUCAGCUUCAAGACGCCAUCGCUGCGUACUCGUACCUCAUACACACACUGCACUUCCCAACCAAUCGCAUCGUCAUCAGUGGCGACAGCGCAGGUGGCCACCUAGCUCUCAGUCUCCUACGCUACAUAGCAGACUACGACGAUGAAACAGUCCUGCCCCCACCAACAUGCUGCUGGCUCUUCUCGCCGUGGUGCGAUGUCCCUGGUGCCCUCAAGCAGAGGCUUUGGGAUAAUAUCCCGAACACGCAGACGGAUUAUAUUCCGGCCUCAUUUGCGGCGUGGGGUGCGAAACAAAUUAUCGGGAAUAUUGAACUUAGUCGUGAAAAUGAGGGUUAUCUGGCGCCUAUAUGGCAUCCUUUUGUGUUGCCUUCGCCGAUACUCAUUGUUUCGGGUGGCAGGGAGGUUAUGUGUCAAGAGCAUGAUCGGCUGGCGAGGUAUUUGGGGAAAUUGCAGCAGAAUGAGGAGAGAGUUAAGUUCUUUGUGCAUGAGAUGUUGCCACAUGAUAUUUUGAUGGUGGCUUGGCUCAUGGGCUUUCAAAAGGAGGCUGACCAGUGUGCUUCUAAGGCUGGGAACUUUUUGUCUCAGGUGCUUGGUGCCUCGGAUGAUAGUGAAGUUCCUUGUGUGGCUUUUGAGCGUCAAUGA